ACAAACACCCCAUUACCUUUCUAAUAAAUAAGGCCAGGAAUAAGAAGAGACUACGCUCACUCUCUUGAUAUGUAUUAAUUUAUGUGCAGAAAAUGGGAAGAUUCGUCGUCAGUCCCUCCCUCCAGCUAGCUAUCGGAAGCCACCCCCGAGACUGCGGGCAAAGUCUUGCCGUCCCGGAGCAGAUUGAUGGAGAGGAAAGCAAUAAUGCAAACGAUAUUUGGGAGGGGGAGGCCGAGGGCACCGGGGCCGGGCCAGGGGAGCUGCUUCUGUGGAGGGGAGUGUGGAGGGAGACGAAGAAACUAUGGCAAAUACUGGGGCCGGCCAUAUUCAACCGGCUAGCGAGCUACACCAUGAACAUUGUCACUCAAGCCUUCGCUGGGCACCUCGGCAAGCUUGAGCUUGCUGCCAUGUCCAACACUAUUACCGUCAUCGUCAGCUUCAACUUCGGCCUCCUGCUAGGGAUGGCAAGUGCACUGGAGACACUCUGUGGGCAGGCCUACGGGGCGAAACGGUACAACAUGCUGGGCAUUUAUGUACAACGAUCAUUCAUCGUGCUCACCCUCUGCUGCUCGCUCCUCCUGCCUCUCUACAUCUUUGCAGCGCCGCUGCUCCGCCUCCUGGGCCAGCCCAAGGACGUGGCGGAGCUGACGGGGGAGCUGGCACUCUGGAUGAUCCCUUUCCACUUCAGCUUCGCCUUCAGCCUUCCACUAAAUCGUUUCUUCCAGAGUCAGCUCAAGAUCGCCGUCAUCUCCUGGCUCUACUUGGCAGGCAUGGUGGUGAACGUGGCUGCCAGCUGGCUCUGCGUCCACGUCCUCGGCUUUGGGGUCUUCAGUCUGGCUUUGUGCCUGGGACUCUCGUGGUGGGUGGUCUCGCUUGGGAUGCUUGGAUACGCCACAUGUGGCGGCAGCCGGCGGACGUGGACCGGGUGGUCCGUGGAAGCGUUCUCAGGGCUCUGGGAGUUCGUCAAGUUAUCGGUUGCUUCCGGAGUCAUGCUCUGCUUGGAAAAUUGGUACUACACGACACUAGUUUUGAUGACCGGGUACCUACAUUUUCACGAUGCGACGGUUGCAUUAGAUGCCUUGUUGAUCUGCAUGAACAUUAAUAACUGGGAGCUGAUGAUUCCUUUUGCAUUCUUUACUGCCACCGGAGUGAGGGUAGCAAAUGAGCUCGGAGCAAGGAACGGGAAGGCAGCAAAGUUUGCAACAAUAGUGUCGUUGGUGCAGUCGGCAAUCAUUGGGAUCUUCUUCUGCUUGCUGAUACUGGGUUUACAUGGCAAAAUUGCGUACAUAUUCACGUCAAGCGUCGACAUUCUUGAGGGAUUCAAUAAGAUGUCUUAUCUCCUAAGUGCGACUAUUCUGCUGAACAGCGUCCAGCCAGUCCUCUCAGGGGUGGCUGUUGGAUCAGGAUGGCAGGCGUACGUGGCAUAUAUAAACCUUGGAUGCUACUACGGAAUCGGGCUCCCUCUUGGGGUUCUUAUGCGCUCAGUCUUUCAUUUGGGUGUGAUUGGCAUAUGGGGUGGGAUGAUUCUUGGCGGGACUGCCGUGCAGACAGUAAUUCUUGCUAUAAUAACCAUAAGAUGCGACUGGGAAAAGGAGGCCGAGAAAGCUCAAUCACAGGUAACAAAGUGGUCAGAUCCUAAUCCUAAUGACAAUCGAUGAACCGACCAUAUACGAACAUUCAUGCACGGUUGCCAAAAGAACCAAGGUAGCAACCAACAGUAAUCACUCCGUUGCAAGAGAGGAGCCAUAUCAUUAUUUUUUACUUAUGCAUGAAUCGCUUUCGCCAGUCAAGCACCAAACAAAAUUGUUAUGCUUCAUUGCAGUGCAGAUCUUGGCCUCAAGAAGAAACUAAUUUCGUCUUUGUCGGUAGUAUAUAUGCGUAGUAGUGUGUUAUGGGUACUGCUGCUGAUAUGAGAACUUACUGAUUGCAUCUUUUCUUUUCAAUUUCAUGGGAAAGAGACUCUUGAAGUCAAUAAAAUUUUAGUCGGUUGUCACUUUGCCCGUUAAA